UGAAAGAUUUAUAUGAUUUGAGUGACCAUACAUGUAAUUUAGCAAUAGAAAAAUUAAUCAAAAGGGAGAGAAACACAGAAAAUUAAUUAAAGAGAUGGUAGUUGGGUGAAGUGGUUGAAGAGAUGUGUGUAUUGUGUGGUCUUCGAUUUACCUAUAAGAAGAGAAGACAAGGUAAGAAUAGGGGGGGCGGCCCCAAAAAUCCCUCUACAGAUUAUCACUCCCAAACCACACAAUCAAUUCUUGCACUUCUCUUCAGCCAACACACAAAAAGUCAGCAAUCCAAUUCCAAACACCCUUCCACCGAAUGAAAAACUGAACAGAAUCACAUCACUCCCACACCUCUUCUGCAAAUUAGAAAAAUAAAAACUCACCAGUCGCCGUCUGCCACCACCGUGCCGUCAUCGUCAUCAUCACCGUCGCCGAACCACCGCCUAGCAUCCCGCGACCUGCUUCACUCGGGACCUCCGCCGCUCCUCGCCACCGUCGCGCCAGACCGCCAUCACCACCAGUCACCUCCCACCAUCAAGCCUCACAUCUCCAUCGUCGUCAAUCAUCACCGCCAUCCUCGAUCAUCGCUGACGUACCCACUGCAUCCUCCGCCAGCCACAGCACCGCCCGUCUCCGUCGACGAUCCAGGGCGCCGUCAACCGUUCCCCUUGCACGUCGUGAGACUGAGAAGAGAGGAAGAAGUAAAGUUGAAAGAAGAAAGGAAGAACAAGGAGAGGGACGGCCGCUCUUUGUUUCGGAUAAGAGGAGGUUGUCAAUCCGGUUUAGCCCGUUGGUCCGAUCAAGCAAGUGGGUUGAAGGUUAAUGAUCGGUAGUUUUGGCCCGAAUACAUGAAAAAAUUCAUUAUAUUAUUCACACAUUUAUAAAUUAUUUCAAAUAUCAUCUUAUAUUGUAAACAUAUAUUACAUAAAAUAGAUGACCGCGCAGCUUACUAGUUACUGGCUAAACGUUGGAGGGCCCCUUGAAAAUCUCUCGGACGAGGAUUUUUUGCAUGUCCACGAGAGUAAGGACUAAGGAGUGGUAGAAAGGCUUCCAUCAACUAUCCCAAAGUGAAACGAGGUACUUGAGACCACUUCAUCUCAACUGACUAUGGGCCAAUGAGCAAAAGGCUCAUUAAGUAAUUCAUUCAGUCCGAGUCUCAAACAGCCAGGAUGAACACAAGCAAAAACAGCAGAAAUAGAACACUGAAAGUAUGAAACUAGACCGUGGUUCAUUGCUGCAUAAUCAUACAUGGAUUAGGCGCAGAAAACUAUAAUGUAACUAAGAUCCUACACAAAAGGGGGCUCAUGUCUUGAAGCUGGAAGUAGACUAGUAUGAUACUAAUGAGGCUCCUCCAUCCAUCCCUUUUUUUUCACUGUGGAGAGACGCGGAAGAUUGAAGCUUUGAGCACCACAGGCUUGGCACCAGUUAACUCAAACAGACAAAUAUCGCCUUCCUUCAACGAGUUGUCUCUGUACAACUCACACCAUCCCUUUCUCAGAUGGACACACCCUGACGAAUUGGCGUAAAUCUGAACCUUCCACUUUCCUCUCCCGCCAUCCCACAGUUCUCCCAACAGUUCGUCCUCUCCCUCCUGGUCAAUCCCGACAUGUACUUCCUCACGAAUGUGGUAGGCACACACAAAAAAAAAUGCAGACACAAAAUUUAAUUGGAGGGGAGAAAGGAGCUGAGGGGUUCUGCAGUUCGUGAGUACACUCUGAUUUACCGAUCCUGAUGUGACAACUCUGUCAAAUUGGUGAAUAGCAACCAGGAAACAAGGAUUUUGAAGCUUGUUUGCAUUCAUCUCCAACAACCUGUUACUCUCGGAAGUUAGGAUGCCUGAUGCUGUUGAAGUCUUGCUCGAAAUGGUUUCGAUGACAUGGGCUCCUUUGGUUGCCAGAGUGCUAAUCACUGCCUCCAUCUCGUCUCCCUCUGGUUCUGCCAAAGAAACAAACAACAACAAAGAGGAAAACCCACCAAAUUUUUUUUCUUUUUACUUCACUGCGAUAAAAUCAAUCAGUGUUAUGAAAUCAGCAGAUUUGUACCAUUUAUGAGGUGGGUUUGUUCUUCUUCCUUCUCUGCCUCUGCUUCUUGUUGUUGCUGGUUGUUGUUGUUGUCUGUGGAGUGUUCAUCUCCAGAGCCGUGAAGGCAGGCACGAGUGGUCCUGUCGAAGAUCUGAACGACCCUGAACAUGGAAUCCCCCAAAUACUCGAAAACAACCAAGUACCAAACUCCAAUUGCAUGUGCUUCCAUGAAUUCACCCCAGUCCUUUUCCAGGAAUAUAUCUUCCUCUGAAACCUUCUUCACCCGGAUUUCCCAGUCACCACCGCUGGCGGGGGAGACAACUGUGGCGGUCCUGGAGAGCUCCGUACCGAACUCCGGGGAAAAUUGACUGGGUAGCCUCUGUCACGAUUCAUGGAAAGGGAAAUAAGAAGAAAGAGAACAACGAUCAGUGGAAACCCGAAUGCAGGGGAUUAAAACAGAGUUACUCUGUUAGAUUUGUCCUUCUUUCCACUAACCAGGUUUCUGUUCUGGAUGUAUUCCGGGUGGAUGAUCCUGUAGAAAAUCUCAAGCGGCAUAAAGGUACUCCAAGAAAAUGAAGCUCUUCCGGCCAUCUUCUUUUUCUCGUGACGGCAAGCAAGGGAAGACUGGAAGAAAGAGCAAAGAAAAGGUUGUCUGUGCAGAUUCUUCAUUUUCAGACUUUUUAAGAUCCUAGGGCAGAUGGUCCCAGCCAUUCCUUCCUUCCUUCCCCUUCUCUCUCUUUGGUGUUGCCUGUGGGACGUACCGGAAGUAGCUUCCAAUUACAUUGACUUCCAUGGCCGCCCUGCAAACUGCAGAGGCGCAGCUCUGACUCCUGACUUCUCUCUGUUCUUCCAAAUCAAUUCCGAAUCGCGCAAUGACAACUGAAAAUAAUGAUGACUAACUAAUAAGCUUCUUUUAUUCUGGGCUUCUAGGCAUCUGUUCUUUCUUUUGCUUUUCUAACUUUUGUGGAUCAUGGGUCACAAUGGAGUUAUUGGGCCUAUCUUUAUGGAAGCCCGGAAAGUAUCGGAAAAUCUUAAUAACUGAAAGCCCAAGCUAUGCAGAGGCAAAAUUUGGUCAAAGUUAUUCAACGAGAAAAAAAAUGGUCAAAGUAGCUCCGGAAGAUUACAUGGAGAGGAAGAAAGGACAAUCGAAGCCGCCAUUGGAGCCAGCGGGACUAAAAAAUUCUUGGGUUUUGUUUAUUGGACCACUAACAGAGGGAUUGGGUUAAUAUAAAAAUAAAUUUUGAAAGAAGAAGAAGGCUAAAGCGAUUGUUGCAGUGGAGCUGCAGCUGAGUGUGGCAAUGACCAAUGAUGACGACUGGCGGCUCCACCGCUUUAUCCUAAUAUAAAUAUUAAAUACCCUCGUAGCUCUCCAGCAGUCUCCCGGAGUUGGGUAUUUCUCUGAAGCCCUUGCCGAUCUCAGUCGUCCAUAUCGUGUUUGAAGGCUUAGCGUGAUCGUCUCUUUCAGCAAAAUGGCACGAUCUGCGAUCGACGAGCUGUCCCAUUCCGGUGCCUUUAUGAGAACUGCUUCCACUUUCCGGAACUUGAUAUCACGGGAAUCAAGCUCCCAGUUCCCACCGGAAUCUGGGAGGUACCAUCUCUAUAUCUCGUAUGCUUGCCCCUGGGCUUCCAGAUGCCUGGCUUACUUGAAGAUCAAAGGCCUCGACAAGCACGUUUCCUUCACCUCUGUGAAACCCAUAUGGGGCAGAACCAAGGACAGUGAUGAUCAUAUGGGAUGGGUUUUCCCCAAAUCCGACACAGAGGAACCAGGAGCUGACCCUGACCUUUUGAAUGGAGCACAGAGCAUUAGGGACUUGUACGAGCUCGCCAGCACUAACUACACCGGAAAGUACACUGUUCCUGUACUGUGGGACAAAAAGCUCAAGACCAUAGUUAACAACGAGAGUGCAGAGAUAAUUCGCAUGUUCAAUACAGAAUUCAACAGCAUAGCUGAGAAUCCGGCAUUAGACCUCUACCCUCCACACUCGCAAGCUCAUAUUGACGCGGCCAACGAGUGGAUAUAUAGCGGGAUAAACAAUGGUGUGUACAGAUGUGGGUUUGCCAGGAAGCAGACCCCUUACGAAGAGGCUAUAAAAGAGUUGUAUGAAUGUCUGGACAAAUGUGAGGGCAUCCUGAGUAAGCAACGAUACAUAUGUAGAGAUGCAGUAACUGAAGCAGAUAUCCGGCUGUUCGUCACACUGAUCAGAUUCGAUGAGGUAUACGCAGUUCACUUCAAAUGCAACAAGAAGCUACUGAGGGAGUACCCAAACCUGUUCAAUUACACAAAGGACAUCUACCAAAUCCCCGGGAUGAGCUCUACUGUGAACAUGGCUCACAUCAAGCGCCACUACUACGGCAGCCACCCUUCCAUCAAUCCCUUCGGAAUCAUCCCUGUUGGUCCAGAUAUUGAUUACUCUUCCCCACAUGAUAGAGAAAGGUUCUAAUGAGCUUCUACCAGGAUGUAACUUGUUGGUGUUGUGUGGUUUGCUUUGUAGUCGGCAAGGAAUAAGGUGUUCUCCCAUGUAUUUGUGUUGUUAUUUCCGUUUUGGAGUCUGUUGUUUCUUGUAUGGCACGAGCAGUGAGAUUCAAAGGGAAAGUAAUAUAAUCAGUCGUUUGAAUCCUUGA